AUGUUGUUAUUUCUCCUCACUUCAGUUGCUGCUGACGUUUAUCCUUUAUCCUCAACAACAACAACAAGACGACGACGACUAGGAAGAAAUUCAUUCAACGGGUCUCACUCAUCACCAUCAGUGGUGGUGGUGGUGGUGGUGUUUUUUGUAUUUCGACUCUCCUUACUUCUCUUUUUAUUACAAACACUCGUUUCGGACCUGGUUCAUGCUCAAAACUAUCGUGCCUCUCUCAAACUAUACAAUGGAGAAAUCGUAACACUCUCUUCACAGCAGAAUUUAGCUAUAUUUACUCAGCAACAACAAGUGAAUCCCAAUAUUCAAUAUCAAGUCAUGAAUGUUGAAAAUGGAUACUUUCGAAGAAAUCAAUCCACCAAUGUGGAAAUUACUCAAUUCAAUCAAAAGGAGAUUGAUCAAGGUUUGAUUCAAUUCGUACAUCAAGCAGAUCAAGAGAAACCAGUGAUUCAACUCGUGUACUAUGACACCACCACCACCACCACGAGUGGAGGAUCCAAACAAACCUUAAAUAUGAAUGUACAAUUCUCCAUGUUUAGAAAGAAUGCAUUUGGUGCACCCACACCUCUCAUUCAACAUCAAUACAAAAAUGGUAAUAUCGUACUACAGAUAAGAAUAUAUAAGAAAAAUCUAGAUGUGAACCAACAAGCUUACUACAAUCUUGGAAUUUCAUCCUCUUCGAACAUGGAUGGAUAUGUGUGCACCAAUCAGAAUAUUCUCAAAAAUAACUUUAAACUCUAUAAGGAUGCAGAUUAUUACCAAAUCUAUCAAACCUCAAUACCUUUGAAUGAUUUUAUUCAACAAUCGUCACAACAAGAUGGAUCCUCAAUGACCAAUGGUGCUCUUCAAUCCUUCUAUAAUACUAUUUAUAUGACUUACAUGUUAGUCACCAAUCAAGACGUGUCUCAAUGCUACACCGUUUCCUUUAAAAGAAAUUUCAUUCUUCAUGUGGGACUGAGUGUGUCAUGUGUGGGCUCUACCUCAUUAACCAUUAUAAAUGUUUGUACCAAUGAGAAGGACAAGUUAGAAGUCUCAUGUGAAUUUGAAUCACCCAAUGAUAUUGAUUGGUGUGAUGUGAAGAGUAUGGAGAGUAACAAACCUUCCUUCAAAACCACCAAAUUUGAGAAAGUUCCAAGUUCCUCUUCUGCUCAGAAGCGUGUCUAUCGAAUGACCUUUGAAUCGGUGGACUCUGCCAAAUCCUCUUCUUCUCUAUUCAACGGUACUUACUCACUGUAUGCAACGAAUAUCAAUCCAUCUGUUCCACUCUAUUCUCUCAAUCUUCAAUAUCAGAUACCUUAUGCUUCUUCCUCAACCAAUGACAUUCCCAUGAUGGAUAGUAAGACCAUGAUUGGACUCUAUAUUGAUGAUAAGGCCAUUCUCAAUAAUGCAAUUCGAAGUGGAAGGGAUGGGACUCGUACUUCCUUCUCUCCAAUGGAUACCAGUACUAGUGGUUGUAGUAGUAGUAGUAGUAGUAGUGGUCGUGAUAGUACGACAUUGACAACAAGAGCCAUCAGAAAUGCAAUGCCCACCACUACUACUACCACCACCACUACUACCACCACAACACUACUUCCUCUCUACAACACUCUUUUCAAAGAUAGUGAUCGACUCUAUGCCAAAGUAUCACUCAUUGAUAGUAAUACCAUUUCCAUUGGAUACAAUCAAUUACUCAUUCCUUACAAUGCUUACAUGUGUUGUAUCAAAUCAUUGGAUGGUAGUAUGCCACCCUACCAUCCAUCCUCACCAUCCUCUCAACCUGGAUGUACUGUGUAUGAUCCAAGUACCAUGUAUUAUCAGGUACGAUUAAUUCAAGAUGGAAAUGUAUUAAGUGAUCCACUCUUAGAUGUCAAGUAUUACAAUGCAGCAUCUAUUGGAGGAUAUGGUAAUAAUAAUAAUUAUGGACUAUCCUUUAAAUUAUCAUCACUCAGGUCCCCCAGUGCCAAUGAGGAAUCAACCACCACAAAGGUCCCAAUGAGUGCCUCGAAUCCCUCUCGAAAAUGUUUUCUCCAUAUUGAGAGUACUGUCAAAACCUUUGAUUCUUCACUUCCAGGACAAUCCUAUGAUCCUUCACUACAAAUUCUUUAUGAUUUAGUUUCAUCAACUAGUUCUCAGGCAUCAGGUAAUGUUCGAACCUUAUCGUACGGUGAAUCAAAUAGUCGUACGACUGUUAAACCUCGAGCCAAUCCAUUUCCACUCAAUUCCAUGGAUGUUUCCUUUCAGACGUUUAUUGUUCAACCUUCAAGUGGUGUUCAACUUGUUGCAAAAAUGGUUCAACAAGUGAAUCAUGUCAACCAUGUGGAUCGUGUCAAAAGUUCAUCACCUCUCAGAAUCAUGAUACUUGUGGUGAUUUUCAUGAUAAUAUUGUCAUCUCUUGUGUGUUGA